CACAUGCUGUCUGCUCUGAAUAGGAGCCAGCCUGGGGUUGAGUAGUCUGGUCUACGUAUCUUGUUUUUCUGCAAGGUGGUGGCUGGAAUACUAAUAAAUACCAUACUCUGCCCUGGAGCUAGCCUGACUUUCAGGAAGUGUGUGCAGGACAGACAUGUGGAAUUAGUAAAACAAAUGUAGCUUCUGGGCUACUUUUGACAAUAAUGCCUUCUGCCUGAUAAUUUUCGGAAAUGAACUUGAAAGUUAAGAUCACUUUCCUUCUCACUAGUAUUUCCCAAUUUGGAGCUCUUUGUUAUGUAAUAGCCUUACAUCUUCCUGUGUUGGAAGUUCCUCAAAAGGCUUGUGAAAUGAGCAUUCCAGAGGCAGCGCAGAAACCUCCUUUUAAUUGCUUCUGUUAAAAUAACUAGAAGCAGGUUGGGAGGAAGAACUCAGCCGGAAAAGUAAAACUGAGUAAUCUCUGACCCUUUGCUGCUACUGAACACAACGGGACAGUUACUAAGACAACGUGUUGUGUGUGGAAAGGAACAGAAGGAUAUCUGUGGCAGAUCUGUGGCAGAAACGAGUCUCAAUUUCCAGAGCAGUUGGGUUUGCAUCAUGCUCAGAACUCAGACCUUUGUGUUCUCCCUUCUCCUGGGACUGAAACUCCCCAAAGCAAAAGGCAAUUGUAACUUUACAGAGUCCCAACGUCACUGUGUUUGUUCACUAGAGGCGAAUAACUUCAUUCAGUGCCUUCCAGCCACCACAUAUGAGCUUCAAGGAGGAAAUCUGGAACAAUUUGCAGGUUCUUCUGGAAUCAAGCCAAACUCACAGAUAAUUGAGAUUCUGGAGGCCCUGCUAGUUCGCAAGCUCAUAUUUACAGACCUCAUUGUGCCAGAGGUUCUCUUGCCAGGGUCCCUGGAAUUUAUUUCCUACACUCAGGUCUCAGAACUUGAAUUUGUAAACUGUACUUUCCUUAGAGCUGCUCCCUGGAGCCUCCCAGGUUGGCUGAAGCUGAAGGUUUCAUCCUUGCGCUUUCACAAAGUGACUGCCGCCCCCCUGGAUGACAGACUGAACCUGUCCCGCCUGAGAAGGUGGCUGGAGACCCUGCAGAAUCUGACAGUUACAGAGUCACAAGUCACAUCUGUCCCGUGCGAAAUUAGCAAGAUGUUCACAGCGUUGCACUUACUGGAUGUUUCGGGAAACAAUUUCCAGGACCAAACCAUGAAGGCAACAUUCUGCGAAGGGGUUUUCCUGCAACUCCAAAUCUUAAAACUCCACCACAACAAUCUGACUUCUUUUGAGACUGUGUGCAAGACUCUUGGUCACCUCAAGAUGCUCACUCACUUAGACCUAAGUCAGAAUAACUUUCAGCCCCGAGUCUUUUCCUCCUCCUGCACGUGGCCACAUUCACUUCAUAUUUUUAAUUUGUCCAACACAGGGUUAGAGGAAAUAGACAGCUCUCUGCCACCCAACAUUGAGAUAUUAGACCUGAGUGCCAAUAACAUUUUUACCCUUAACUUCUCACUCCCUGGCUUGAAAGAGCUCUACCUGUCCAAAAACAGGCUGCAAACUGUUCCCUCACUUGACAGGCUUCCUAGUUUGCAGGUCCUCCGUCUUGAUCAAAACCAGAUCUCACAACUUCCCAGGACGCAUCUCCUGCGUCUGCAGAGCUUGAAAGCUGGCCACAAUCUCUAUAAUUGUUCUUGUUCCAGGGAUAUUCAGGACUUAGCAGCAGCAAAACCAUCAUUGCUGCCUGAUUGGCCUCAGGAUUAUACAUGCAAUUCCCCUCUCGAUUACCAGGGCUCCCUGGUAAAAAAUGCACAUUUUUCAUCACUGCGAUGCAAGGCUCUGGUCAGUCGUGGCUCAAUAUUCAACUUGCUGAUAUGCCUUCACCUUGGUUUUUUGUUUGCUUUCAGUGCUACAAUUUCCGGACAUUUUCUUCCAGCAAUUCUGAAGUGAUGGGAUUAGUCAGGGAACCAACAUGUACAUCACAACUGAUUGUGGCAUAAAUGAUUGUGUAAGCUACUUGACUGGGCUAGAUUUUAAUCGUAUUUGUACAUUUUGUACUCUAUUUUAUGAUACUACUAUACACUGCUUGUGUAGUAGUCAGACGUGGGAGACCAGGGUUCAAAUCCCCACUCUCAAUGAAGGGCACUAGGUGAUCUUUAGCCAGACAUUAUCACUCAGCCCGGCCUACCUCACAGGGUUGUUGCAGGGGAUUAAAUGAGGUGGGGGAGAACUAUGAGCUUAUUGGAGGAAAAGCUGGGAUAUAAAUGCAAUAAAAAAUGCCUGCAUAACAGGUGGUAUAUAAAAACCUUAAUAAAUAAACAAACUAUAAAAUUAGAAUUUGGAGUUGUGUAUUGAAUAUUACUGGGCAAAUGGUAUGAGUGCAGAAUUUGUAAAAAAUAAUAAUAAUAUAAAAAAUAAAGAGGGGGAGCAAGAGUAUGCUUCAUUUGAAUAUUCCAUGUUGCUAUGACUGUAACUUUUCCCCUACCUGCUGAAACACAAAUGUUGUUUUUAUUACAAAUUAACCACAGUCUUCCAACAUCUUUUUAAAAUAACCCCCUGUACUAAAAACUCAUAAAUAUUUACAAUUGUUAUAAAGCAACAACAACAAAAAGAUAGAGUGUACAUUUGAUCUCCAGCUGCUUACAGAUGCCAUUUUUAAAGCUAUAUAUAAUGAUCCCAUACAUUGCAUACAUCCCACAGAGUAGGCACUCUAAGAGGGGGUCAUCUGUGGAUGAGGAAAACAGCGAGCGGCAAUGGCCAUGUGCUCCGCUCCUUCCCCGGUGCCACUGUGAUCUGAAUCUCCCAUGGCUGCAUUUGCCAUGUUUAAAAACCGUGAGAGACCCAGCCACCUACAGUGGUACCUCUACUUACGAAUUUAAUGCGUUCCGAACACACAUUUGUAAGUCGAAAAAAAUUGUAAGUCGAAUCCCAUAGGAAUGCAUUGAGAGAAAAAAUUUGUAAGUCAAAGCAACCCUAUCUAAAAAUUCGUAAGUAGAAAAAAUCCUAUCUAAACCGCAUCCAAGAUGGCGGGCGGAGCUCCAUUCGUAAGCAGAAACAUUCGUAAGUAGAGUUAUUCGUAAGUAGAGGUACAACUGUAUAUGUCCAGUUUGGUUUUCAGAAUCUUUUUCUCGCUGUGGGGGAGAGGGAGGUGUACAGGUAUAGUCAGCCUACUAGAAAACUAAUGAAGCUAUUAUAAACUAAUGAAGCUAUUAUAAACAGUUUAACAGAAAGAAAACCCUAGAAAGAAACCUUGGAUGGACCUUGGAUGGUCCUUCCCAGCCCCUCCCACCAUUCAAAAUAAGAUGUCAUUAUAAAAAUUGUAUUACCAUAGCUAUUCCAUGUUAUCUUGAAAGGUAAUACUUUGUAGACUUUCUAGACUUGAGAAGCUAUAUCUAAUAAAAUGAAAAUUAUAAAAUAAAGAGGACAUGGGACAAUGAUUCUAUGUUGUAAAUCAGCUAGAAGGGGUGGCUUUAGAUCUUUUUCAAAAGCCACCCUGGCUAGUUCAGAUGCUGCUCCUUUUCUGCUGUGACGCCCAGUAGUGGUCUUAAUUCUUGUAGUGAGAUGGCCGGCAAGAUCCACCUUUACUUGUAUCGAUGUAUCAGUAUACAAUGUUCUGAUAAGAAAUAAUAGACGGCGAUCUAUAUUUGUCUUCCCCAAUUUCUGCCACAAUGCGUGUCUCGGAAUCGUAUCAAAAGCUGAUUUUAGAUCAAUAAAAGCAACAUACAGUUUUUGCUUCAAAUUAUGGAUGUAUUUACAUAGCAGAAAGUUCAUCACAAAGCACUGGUCCAAUGUGGAUUUCCCUCUUUGGAAACCUGCCUGGGCUUCAGAUAUCACCUUAUUUGUAUCUGCCCAUUCUUCCAGUCUCCCAAGGAGGAACCUGGCAUAUAAUUUAGAGGCUACAUCUAGCAAACUAAUAGGUCUAUAAUUAGCGGGAAUUUUCUUAUCACCCUUUUUAUAUAUUGGGGCAGUUAUGCUCAGCUUCCACCCUUCUGGUUUGCGACCCGAGCUGUUAAUAUAUGAGAACAGUUUUGCAAAAAUGGGUGGCCAGAAAUCCAGUCUUAUCUUAUAAAUCUCUGCUGGGAUCAUGUCUUCUCCUGGGGCUUUAUUGGCUAGUUGGUUUAUGAUUAGCCUCUUAAUCUGGUUGGGCGUGACGUCUGGCCAUUCUGGCAGUUCUGAUAACUGAAUGUGGUCAACUUGUGAGGGUGAGUCGGUUCGGGGGCCAUAUAUUCCUGUAAAAUAUGUAACCCAAUCCUUUCCUUGGACUGAUGCUUCUAGCGAGUAGCCCAGACCAUUUGUACCUUGGGCGACCAGAUGCCCAAAUUUCUGUGAAUACUUUUGAAGUGCUGCAUCUCCCAAUGCUUUCCACUGUUGCUCAUAAUAUAUUUGUUUCUUGCUUGUAAGUAGUAAUUUAUAAUCAUAACGUAAUUGGGCUACCUCAGCUUGUAUAACAAGAUUGUGCUUAUCAUGUUUUAACUUCAAUUUUCUGAGUUCCCUAGAU